UCCUUCUCAACCAUCUCCAUGCUGUGGAAAAGUAAUUUGCCAGCGAUGCCUCAGUCAAUCUUUUCGAUAUAGGCUUCAUUGUCCACACUGCAGAAGCUCAGUAAACAACCGUGAUUCUGCGAAUAAUCCAUUGGUACCUCCUGGUAGGAGGAGGCAUCUGCGCCAAAUCCUGCCAGGGAAUAUUCAAACAUUUAAUUCAAGAAGACCUGUUGGCACAAACAUACACAAUCUCCUCGGCCAACUUCGACAUUCACUGGCACAACAGGCAGACAUUGCCGCUCAAGCCAGUCCACCCAAUCAGGCUGCUCUGCCACCCGUCCCACAAAAUCAAGCGCCUUUCCCUUUAAUUUCCUCUGCACGGCCUGUUCCUAUGCCACGGACACGAGCUCAACCUGCAAAUUUAAUUGCUGCCCCACAGCCUGCACCCAUUAAUGCUGCUCCGAGUGGUUUUAUUCAAGUCCCACCUGCCCCAGCUCCACUGCUGCUAAACCCCGCCCCGUCCCAGGAACAUUUACAGGCUGAGCUGGAUGACUGGCCAUGGCAAACGGAGAUCAAUCUAAUGGAGAUGAAUCAACCUCAAGGUUUAAAUGUGAGGACUUUUGCCUGUCCGUACUGCCAGGAUGAUGGACUGGAUGAACUCGAUCUACUUGAUCACUGCAAUGAACAUCAUGCCAAUGACAGCAAACGUGUGGUGUGUCCAGUGUGUGUGCAGACGCCCCAUGGUGAUUCACAGUACUACAGCCGCAACUUCAUUGGCCACCUCAACCUGCGCCACUGCUACUACCUGGAUGAUAUGACUAAUCUCAACCAGACUGAUGAGCUGAACAUUCAGUGUGCAAUUCUAGCAUCAUAUAAGGAAAAUAUUUAGGCCUCAUUUUCAGAAACAUGACAACACAGUCAACAUCAUAUAAAACUACUUGGGAAGAAGAUUCUGAAUCACAAGGGCAUAAUCAACUGAGAAAUCAAUAAAAGAUAUGGUAUAUCGAAGAUGUGAUACAAGAAAAUUUAAGAAUUUACCAGUGUUAUGCGAAAUAUAAUA